CUCUCUCUGUGUGUUUUUUCCCACCAUUCUAUGAGUCUCUGUGGCAGUAAUUCCCGGACUCGGGGUUUGCACCACUGGUGGCAGUGAGUUGGAGAAUGGCUCCAUAGCCGAGAAGACCAAAUCUCAGGAAGAAAAGACUAUUAUGCAUCGAAUCCAGAACUACAUCUCCUGCAGAAUGCAAUGGACCCUUUGGACACAUGUAGUCCUUCUACUGACUUUGGGAAACCAACACAUUGGAGUUUGGGGCAAAAGCAUUGUGCAGUGGCAAGGAGACUUCGACCACAUCUAUUCUGGGAACGUGAAUAAUGCUCUGCAAAACAUAUAUGCUUUCAACCACACGGUUUCGAGGAAUAAGACCGAGGGGGUGCGAGUCUAUGUGAACGUGUUGUCGGAGCAGGCCAAGACCCCGGUGUUGUUUGUGGUCCGACAACAACAAGCUGUUCUCUCCUUCCAGGUGCCACUGAUCCUCCGGGGGCUCUACCAGAGGAAGUACACUUACCAGGAAGUGAGCCGUACGCUGUGCCAACCGGAGGUGAAGAGCGAGUCCCAGACGCAGUUUUUCUACGUGGACGUGUCGACGCUCUCGGGUACCAACACCUCGUUCCAGCUGUUCGUGAAACGAGUGGUGCACUUUGUGCUGAGAACUGGUGAACCAUUCCGAUUCAACGCAACUCCGUCACAGCCUCAGUAUGUGAUAUACAAGUUCCCUGAGGGAUUGGACUCAGUGAUUGUGAAGGUUACUUCAGAUUUAGCUUUUCCCUGUUCCGUUGUCUCCAUCCAGGAUAUCCUGUGUCCUGUGAAUGAUUUGGAUAACAACGUGGCGUUUAUCGGCACCUAUCAAACCAUGACCAAGAAAGCGGCCAUCACCGUCCAGAAAAAGGACUUCCCUAGCAGCAGCUUCUACGUGGUGGUGGUGGUGAAGACAGAGGAUGAGGCGUGUGGUGGCUCAUUGCCCUACUACCCUUUAAAACAAGGUGAACCCGUGGAUCAGGGGAACCGCAGUAAAACACUGAACGUGGUGGUGGUUCCUGCUGUGAAAUCGGAGGCGUAUGUUAAGGGCAUGUUGUUCGGGCUGGGCGUGUUUUUGGCAUUCUACCUGCUCACAUUGUUGAUCGCCUGUUGGGAGAACAGUAGUCAACAGAAGAAAAAAGACAAACUCUUGGGAAAAAUGCCUUUGUCUCCUGAUGAAUGUGAUCCAUUAAUAGUGGGGGGCUACAGCCCUCAGACCCCAGACCUGUACACGGGGAGUGCAGCUUGUCACAGCUAUGGCUCCUUGGAGAAUGGCUCGAUCCUCGGCUCGGAAGCAAUCACAGACAGUAUGACUUCAGAUUCUACCUACGGAUACAUGGAGCGGCCCCUGGAGACCGUGCCUCGCCCACGUAUCGACUCCCUCAGCUCCAUUGAGGAGGAUGAAUAUGAUACGUUGGCAGACAUCGAUUCAGAUAAAAACGUGAUCCGAACUAAGAAAUAUCUGUACGUGUCGGAUCUCGCCAGGAAAGAUAAACGAGUUCUCAGCAAAAAAUACAAAAUCUACUUCUGGAAUAUUGCCACCAUUGCUGUCUUCUACGCUCUGCCCGUCAUUCAGCUGGUGAUAACAUAUCAAACGGUCGUCAACAUCACAGGAAAUCAGGACAUCUGUUACUACAACUUCCUUUGUGCUCACCCACUGGGGGUGCUGAGUGCCUUUAACAAUAUCCUGAGUAACCUUGGAUACAUUAUGCUGGGACUACUCUUCCUGCUUAUCGUGCUACAGAGAGAAAUUCUACACAAACGAGCGCUCCUACGCAAUGACAUCUGUGCCCUGGAGUGCGGAAUUCCCAAGCACUUUGGACUGUUUUACGCGAUGGGCACAGCACUGAUGAUGGAGGGUCUCCUGAGUGCCUGCUACCACGUGUGCCCCAACUACACCAACUUCCAGUUUGACACUUCGUUCAUGUACAUGAUAGCUGGCUUGUGUAUGCUGAAACUCUACCAGAAACGCCACCCAGACAUCAACGCUAGUGCCUACUCAGCUUAUGCCUGCCUCGCCUUGGUCAUAUUCUUCUCUGUGUUGGGAGUGGUCUUUGGGAAGGACUACAUUGUGUUCUGGGCUGUGUUCUCCUUCAUACACAUCCUAGCCACACUUCUGCUCAGCAUCCAACUCUACUAUAUGGGUCGUUGGAAACUAGACACGGGAAUCUGCAGAAGAAUAAUUCACGUCAUUUACACUGAUCACAUCAGACAAUGCAGUGGACCCACCUAUAUCGAUCGUAUGGUGUUACUUAUCAUGGGGAACAUUGUGAACUGGUCACUGGCUGCAUAUGGACUGAUUCUGAGACCCAAAGACUUUGCGUCUUAUUUGCUCGCAAUAGGGAUCUGCAACUUGCUGCUCUACUUUGCCUUUUACAUAAUCAUGAAGUUACGGAGCGGUGAAAAAAUCAAACUGAUCCCUUUGAUCUGUAUCCUCUUCACAGCCGUGGUCUGGGGCUUCGCUCUCUUCUUCUUCUUCCAGGGCCUCAGUACCUGGGAGAAAACUCCCGCCGAGUCCCGAGAACACAACCGGGAUUGCAUCUUGCUGGAUUUCUUCGACGACCAUGAUAUUUGGCACUUCCUGUCCUCCAUCGCACUCUUUGGCUCCUUCCUGGUGCUGCUCACCCUAGAUGACGACUUGGACCGAGUGCAGAGAGAUAAAAUCUACGUCUUCUAACCCUCGGAGCAACGGACAUUAAGGAGCGCAGGCAUCUCCCCGCCAUGAUUUUACAGCAGUCUCUGCCUUCACCACGUGGAUGCCUGGAACCUCCGAUGGGUAGGGAGUACGGACGUGCCACCUAGCCAUAAAAUGAGGCUUCAGACGCCAUGAGUACACAAGGCGCCAUUCAGAGCUGGAACCUGUCGGCCUAGAGAUGAACCAUUGCCCUUAAGACCAGCCAACCUGCUCUUUGUGACACAGAGUAACGCCAGCUGCUUCUCUGAAUGCCCGGGAGAUGCUGAACUUGUCUUGGGAGAGGGACGGCUCAGUCCACUCCUCAUACGGUACCUAAGUGGGGGGGGGGGGUGGGGGGGGCAGGAAGGAAGCCACCUCACCAUCUUACAUCAUGUUGGAA